UUUCGUUUUUUCAAAAGUGGAUGCAGUGUGGUCACACAUACACACAAAUGGUCGGAUGGAAAAUUAUAAAUUUAAUUAAUUGAUUGAGCUCGAUUUUACUGUGUCCUUUAUCUUUUGAAAAAAAAAAAACUUCCCAUAUUGGUGUCUUAUUAAUUGGAACAAACCUUGUUGAAUUAAUUGGUACUACCAACAAAAGUAUCUAAAAAGAAAAUUAUUCAACCUGGCGUUUACUUCGUAUAAGGGAAAGUUUUGCUUUUCCAUCAAUAUAAAAUGUACAUUUACAUUAUACAGCUUGUAAUGUAAACCGGGAACGGAGUUUAAAGUGAUAUAAAAUAAUCAAAUCGAACUUAGAGCAUUUUAUGAAACUGCUGUGUUGGCUUACCGGAGCAAAUGAUUUUUUUCUAGAAAAGAAUGGAAGUACAUACAGUGGAAAUGAACAACUUGCAUUGCACUGCUGCUGUACUUUCCUCGAUUCAAUCUGCUCCGAUACCUUCCAACGCUACGCCCAUUAGAUCCGGAAUCAACAAUUCAUCCGUCGAUACAGAUUUCGUCGGGAAGUUAAACCAUCAAAAUGACAAUCGAAACUGCGACAGUCCCGGCAGCUCCAACUCUGAAUUGGAAAAAGAAAGUACCGUUAUUAAAAACCUAAAUUGUUCUUUAACUGGCAGUGACAGUUUGGGAAAAUCAAGUGGAUCUCUAAGUGGCGCCUCUUCAACAAACUCAGCAUUUCAGGGAAAUAAUACGAUUGAACCUUUAAAAAUCAAUGGGCCAGUCAGUGGGGACUCUUCUGGAGGAGCCUUAUCCACAUCUGUUCAAAUAAAGAAGCGAAUUUCGAGCAGUCGCACGCCUACUCGAAAAGCGCAUCGGAUAAAAUUUUACCGAAACGGAGAUCGUUUUUAUCCAGGUAUAACCAUUCCAGUAUCUAAUGAACGUUAUAGAUCUUUUGAGAGCCUCUAUGAAGACUUGACUCGACUGCUUGAAGAAAACGUCAAAAUACCAGGUGCCGUUCGAACUAUUUACAAUAUGUGUGGAAAGAAAAUAACCGCUCUGGAUGAGUUUGAAGAUGGCCAGAGUUAUGUUUGUUCCUGCAAUAAUGAAAAUUUCAAAAAGGUUGAUUAUAAUAGCUCUCAGACGCUUGCUAAUCUGACUCUGGCCACAAACGGUCGCUGUAUCAACCAGAGAUUAACGAAAAUACAGCGGCCCGGUUCCCCCCUUAAAAACGCAGGUGGAAUCACUUCUGUUCCAUUAUGUUUCGUAAGUUCAGCGAACGGAAGUUCGUUAAACGCCUCUAGGCUUAGCGAACGUGACAGUGUAGUUUACCCUCGUAUUGUGACAUUAAUACGCAAUGGUACAAAACCCAGACGAAUAAUGCGCUUACUAUUAAAUAAACGAAACAGUCCAAGCUUUGAUCAUGUAUUAACUGCUAUUACUCAAGUCGUUCGCUUGGACACAGGCUAUGUAAGAAAAGUCUUUACACUGAGAGGAUCUUCCGUAACUCAGCUUGCCGAUUUCUUUGGAACAGAUGAUGUUUUCUUUGCCUAUGGUACUGAACGCAUAAAUACUAUAGAGGAUUUUAAAUUAGAGGCAGAAGAGCAACGAUCUAUUAAUGCCAUACGAAAGACUUUAAGAACUGCGGGAACUACCUGCAAAGGACCUAAGCCUAAGAUGCCUGUGAAGAGCAAAAACGUCUAUGCGCCUUUGAUAGAACCUGAUAUUAAAGAGCCGCCCAUUUCUUUAGCAGAUGAACAAGCCGAGUUGCUUAAGAGUACGGGCAUACAGCUUAAUGAUUUGCCUUCUGGAAUUCGGGAGAAUUACAGUAUAGGCCGUAUUAUCGGCGACGGAAACUUUGCUAUUGUGCUUAAAAUUAAAAAUCGUGAAAACAAAAAAUCCUAUGCUUUAAAAAUAAUUGAUAAGAGCAAAUGUAAAGGCAAAGAGCAUUAUAUUGAUGCCGAAGUGCGGGUCAUGAAAAAAUUGAAUCAUCCGCAUAUUAUAUCUCUUAUCAUGGAUGUUGAUCAAGAGAACAACAUGUAUUUGGUGCUGGAGUAUGUUAGCGGUGGUGAUCUAUUCGACGCAAUUACACAGGUGACUCGCUUCUCUGAACGGCAGUCGCGGAUUAUGAUUAGGCAUUUAGGCUCCGCCAUGUCUUAUUUACAUUCCAUGGGUAUAGUGCACAGAGAUAUUAAACCCGAGAACCUCCUUGUUGAACUGGAUAAGCAUGGAAACGUGCUUGAGCUUAAAUUAGCUGACUUUGGGCUAGCCUGUGAAGUUACCGAACCACUCUAUGCCGUUUGUGGAACUCCCACUUAUGUGGCACCGGAGAUAUUGCUGGAAGUUGGUUAUGGACUAAAGAUUGAUGUUUGGGCCGCUGGUAUUAUUUUGUAUAUACUUCUAUGUGGGUUCCCGCCGUUCGUCGCACCAGAAAACCAACAAGAACCUCUUUUUGACGCUAUCAUAUCGGGUAUCUACGAGUUUCCCGACCCUUACUGGUCAGACAUUGGUGAUGGAGUCCGCGAUCUUAUCGCUAAUAUGUUGCAAUCCGAUCCUGCGGUUCGUUUUACGAGCGAAGAUAUCUUAGACCACUAUUGGACUAUGGACAACGAAGAUAAAUGUUGUGAUUUCAGCAGAUGAAUUAUGGCCGUGUGGGGUGUUUAAAAAAUUUCACUACCACUCACGACCAAAUAGAUGCCGCAGUCCAGUAGUUUUUGUGUUACGUAUAUUAUAACGCUAAUAUUUAUAAAUUAAUUUAUGUAUUAAGUUUUCUAUUGAUACCUACUAAGACACUUGUCAAAUAACGACAGCAGUUUGAAACUUGUAUGAGGUACCAUCAAAUUUCUUAAAAAUUCCAAUAUUUAAGUCGAUAAAUAUGGCUUGAGUUAUUUUAAAUAAAUUUUCGUAUGGGGUUAAAUUUAUAUAAAA